CACCUGGCUGCUUAUAGACAUUUAAAUACCUCAGCGUAGUCUAUCCUGUCGGCUGAGUGAUUAGCCCACUGGAAGAGGAACCCCAGCAAGGCUUGGAGGAAGAAGAUGGAGGAAACUGGGUCCCUUGAAGAAUCUACAGAUGAGUCUGAGGAAGAAGAGAGCGAAGAGGAACCCAAGCUGAAGUAUGAAAGGCUUUCCAAUGGGGUAACUGAAAUACUUCAGAAGGAUGCAGCUAGUUGCAUGACAGUCCAUGACAAGUUUUUGGCAUUGGGCACACAUUAUGGCAAGGUUUAUUUACUUGAUGUCCAGGGGAACAUCACUCAGAAGUUUGAUGUAAGUCCUGUGAAGAUAAAUCAGAUUAGCUUGGAUGAAAGUGGAGAGCACAUGGGCGUGUGUUCAGAGGAUGGCAAGGUGCAGGUAUUUGGACUGUAUUCUGGAGAAGAAUUUCACGAGACUUUUGACUGUCCCAUUAAAAUUAUUGCUGUGCAUCCACAUUUUGUGAGAUCCAGUUGCAAGCAGUUUGUGACCGGAGGGAAGAAGCUGCUACUGUUUGAACGGUCUUGGAUGAACAGAUGGAAGUCUGCUGUUCUGCAUGAAGGGGAAGGGAACAUAAGGAGUGUGAAGUGGAGAGGCCAUCUGAUUGCUUGGGCCAAUAAUAUGGGUGUGAAGAUUUUUGACAUCAUCUCAAAGCAAAGAAUCACCAAUGUGCCCCGGGAUGAUAUAAGUCUUCGCCCAGACAUGUAUCCCUGCAGCCUCUGCUGGAAGGACAAUGUGACACUGAUUAUUGGCUGGGGGACUUCUGUCAAGGUAUGCUCAGUGAAGGAACGGCAUGCCAGUGAAAUGAGGGAUUUGCCAAGUCGAUAUGUUGAAAUAGUGUCUCAGUUUGAAACUGAAUUCUACAUCAGUGGACUUGCACCGCUCUGUGAUCAGCUUGUUGUACUUUCCUAUGUGAAGGAGAUUUCAGAAAAAACGGAAAGAGAAUACUGUGCCAGGCCUAGACUGGACAUCAUCCAGCCACUUUCUGAGACUUGUGAAGAGAUCUCUUCUGAUGCUUUGACAGUCAGAGGCUUUCAGGAGAAUGAAUGUAGAGAUUAUCAUUUAGAAUACUCUGAAGGGGAAUCACUUUUUUACAUCGUGAGUCCGAGAGAUGUUGUAGUGGCUAAGGAACGAGACCAAGAUGAUCACAUUGACUGGCUCCUUGAAAAGAAGAAAUAUGAAGAAGCAUUGAUGGCAGCUGAAAUUAGCCAAAAAAAUAUUAAAAGACAUAAGAUUCUGGAUAUUGGCUUGGCAUAUAUAAAUCACCUGGUGGAGAGAGGAGACUAUGACAUAGCAGCACGCAAAUGCCAGAAAAUUCUUGGGAAAAAUGCAGCACUCUGGGAAUAUGAAGUUUAUAAAUUUAAAGAAAUUGGACAGCUUAAGGCUAUUAGUUCUUAUUUGCCAAGAGGUGAUCCAGUUCUGAAACCACUCAUCUAUGAAAUGAUCUUACAUGAAUUUUUGGAGAGUGAUUAUGAGGGUUUUGCCACACUGAUCCGAGAAUGGCCUGGAGAUCUGUAUAAUAAUUCAGUCAUAGUUCAAGCAGUUCGGGAUCAUCUGAAGAAAGAUAAUCAGAACAAGACUUUACUUAAAACCCUGGCAGAAUUGUACACCUAUGACAAGAACUAUGGCAACGCUCUGGAAAUAUACUUAACAUUAAGACAUAAAGACGUUUUUCAAUUGAUCCACAAGCAUAAUCUUUUCAGUUCUAUCAAGGAUAAAAUUGUUUUAUUAAUGGAUUUUGAUUCAGAGAAAGCUGUUGACAUGCUUUUGGACAAUGAAGAUAAAAUUUCAAUUAAAAAGGUAGUGGAAGAAUUGGAAGACAGACCAGAACUGCAGCAUGUGUAUUUGCAUAAGCUUUUCAAGAGAGACCACCAUAAGGGGCAGCGUUACCAUGAAAAACAGAUCAGUCUUUAUGCUGAAUAUGAUCGACCAAACUUACUUCCCUUUCUCCGAGACAGUACCCAUUGCCCACUUGAAAAGGCUCUUGAGAUCUGUCAACAGAGAAACUUUGUAGAAGAGACAGUUUAUCUUCUGAGCCGAAUGGGUAAUAGCCGAAGUGCCCUGAAGAUGAUUAUGGAGGAAUUACAUGAUGUUGAUAAAGCAAUCGAAUUUGCCAAGGAGCAAGAUGAUGGAGAGCUAUGGGAAGAUUUGAUUUUAUAUUCCAUUGACAAACCACCAUUUAUUACUGGCUUGUUAAACAACAUUGGCACACAUGUUGACCCAAUUCUACUGAUUCACCGUAUUAAGGAAGGAAUGGAGAUUCCCAAUUUGAGAGAUUCCUUGGUUAAAAUUCUGCAAGACUACAAUUUGCAAAUUCUGCUUCGUGAAGGCUGCAAGAAGAUUCUCGUAGCUGACUCUUUGUCCUUACUGAAGAAAAUGCACCGAACUCAAAUGAAAGGUGUUCUUGUUGAUGAGGAGAACAUCUGUGAGUCAUGCCUUUCCCCUAUUCUUCCAUCAGAUGCAGCUAAGCCCUUCAGCGUGGUGGUCUUCCAUUGCCGGCACAUGUUCCACAAGGAGUGCCUGCCCAUGCCCAGCAUGAACUCUGCUGCACAGUUCUGCAACAUCUGCAGUGCUAAGAACCGUGGACCAGGAAGUGCAAUUUUGGAGAUGAAAAAAUAGCUCAUUUCUCCUUGUCAGUCUCCUCGUCACCACUCUUUCUGAGACUGUUUUUGCAAUAACAAAAGCAUAUGUUGACACUCAUCCUGUUAAGAGAUUUAUGUUUAUAUUAUGCUCAAAAACAGUUUCUUCAUCUAUUCCUGUACUAAUGGUUUCUCUUUGCAGUUGACAGAUAAUUUGGGGCUCUCUCCAUGCCUUCAGAUUUUGGGGUCUAUAGUCAAUAUUUUGUUAUUUAUUUGUUUGGCUCAUUAUAUAGUGAUGGAAACAUAAGUGUCGGAGUUAGAAAUGAAUUUUUUAGACCUUAGUAAAACCAUUUAACCAUAAAAUGGACAACCGAGAAUUCUCCCAGCUGCCUGAAAGCGUCGCCAACUGUGGUUAUCCUGCAAGCUACUACCUGCAACUUGGACCUUGUUUCCAUGUGUUUUGCUGGCUACCGUUCUUGCAUUCUGGGUUUGGCCUUUUUCUAUGUCAUCAACUAUGGUUAUCCUCUAAAUAGGCAUUUAAUGAAACAUUGUACAAAUUGUCACUCAUUUGGUGACAUCUGGGAAUAACAUUAGCAGGCUGGUGUCCUGCACCAUUAUGUUUACUAAUCACAUGUUCUGUGUGCUGUGAUGACUGGCAGAGUAUCUGGCCAUGGCAGACACUCAGCAUUUGUUGAUUGAAUAAAUGUUAGCUCUUCUCAUUGUGAAGGACUCACUUUUACUGGGAUGAACAAAUGCAGUUAAGAAUUCUGGCACCCUUGUAAGGAAGAAAAGAGAGUUAAAUACCUUUGAGCCUGAGCACUUGUGGCUAGGGUUUGCCAGGAGGGAGGAAACCAGUGACCCUGAAAACUGAGGGUGUCUCGGGAGCAGUGGGACCACCUGAUGCUGAAGGACAGACUAAUGAUGCUUCCUCUUGCCUUCUCUGGUACCUCCAUUGCCCUCCUGGAACAAAGCAUAUCAUAGAGGGAAAAAAGUCAAACUUGUAAUUGUGUCUUACAGUUAUUGGCUUCAUCUUCCUUGGGAUAUACGGUCAUCCUCUAAUGAGUGUAAAAGUGCGCAAAACACAUCCUUAUUGUUCCUGAUCUCUUAGUCCCAUAAAUGGGAACAAAUACAGCUUUCUGUUUCUGUCUUUUUGGAGAAAGGACAGGGUGCUAGUGAGUACUGACAGCAUGCCAGCUACCGAAGUCACCCAGCCACUCCCAUGAGCAGCAGUUCAUUUAAUUGUCACAGCGUCGCCAGGAAGAAGAUCUGAUGCACCUUGGUUUACAGAUGAAGAAAUCAAAAUGUAGAGAUGUUGUUGAGGUCACAGAGGUGACUGCCUAACUUCAGAGCAGGGCUCCUGAUCCCUUUAAGAAAUUAUAGGGCCAGCCAGGCAUGGUGGCUCAUGCCUGUAAUCCCAGGACUUUGGGAGGCCUUGGCAGGUGGAUCACCUGAGGUCGGGAGUUGGAGACCAGCCUGACCAACAUGAAGAAACCCCAUCUCUACUAAAAAUGCAAAUGGGCCAGGCAUGGUGGUGCAUGCCUGUAAUCCCAGCUAGUCAGGAGGCUGAGGCAGGAGAAUCGCUUGAACCCAGGAGACGUAGGUUGCGGUGAGCUGAGAUCAUGCCAUUGCACUCCAGCCUGGGCAACAAGAGCAAAACUCCGUCUCAAAAAAAAAAAAAGAGAAAGAAAAGAAAUCAUAGGGCCAAGUUCAAAGGAAACGCAUAGAACAUGUCUUCACAUUAGAGUUAAGAAUUCUCUAGCAAACAACAGAUUUUUUUGUUGUUGUUAGUCACAAAUAUUUAGAACUGGAAGGCUCUUUGUUAUUAUUGAAGGUAUCCCUCAGCCUUCUCAGCAUUUCCUUAUCCCAAGACUAGUGUGCUUUCUGCUGCACUGCUAGUUUUCAGUUUUGUUCUUACCCAGUUGUUUUUUGUUUUCAACAUUACCAGUUUAAAGAUUCAGUUUAUUACAUUUAUAUUAAUCCCCUCUUACGAUUUGAGCAAGCUCAUUUCCAGAAAAGUUUACUUUAAGAUCAUCAAUUGGAUUUGCUAAUUUCAGUGAAGUCAUUUUGCUUCAGGGGUAAAUUAUCCUAGUUACCAAGUCCCAUUUGGACAUAAAGAAAAUCCUACUUAUAGAAGAGGAGAAAAUGAUUAAACAGUCUUCAUUUUUAAGUAACUGAUUUAAAAGGAAAAUAAUAAAAUAUGUUCAUCAUUUCAGAAAUUUCUGUAACACACUGGAAAAUUCCUGAACAAUAUAGAUUUUAUCGUUAAUAAAACACACUAGCUUUCCUUCCUUAGAAUGACUUUUCUUUUGGAUAAACAAUAUUGGGUGAUUUAUUAAAGGAUAUUCAAUCCUUUUUUACUUUCCAUCGACCUAUAAGGGCUUAAAUAUGGCAAAAUAAUCCAAGUGUUAGUCAAUUAUUUUUCAUGUGUGACUAGCCCAAUUUAAAAUAUAGGUAAAAAGCAAACCCAUUCCCCUUGUAUUGGGGAAGAACAUAGUUGCAAAGUACACACUUCAUAAGCUAUUUUUUUUUUUUUUUUUUUUUGAGGUGGAGUCUCGCUUUGUUGCCUUGGCUGGAGUGCAGUGGCAUGAUCUUGACUCACUGCAACCUCCGCCUCCCAGGUUCAACUGAUUCUCCCAUCUCAGCUUCCAGAGUAGGUGGGAGUACAGGCACGCACCACCUUGCCCAGCUAAUUUUUUGUACUUUAGUAGAGAUGAGGUUUCACCAUGUUGCCCAAGCUGGUCUCGAACUCCUGAGCUCAGGUAAUCCGCCCACCUCAGCUUUCCAAAGUGUUAGGAUUACAGGCGUUGAGUCACCACGCCUGGCCAAGAAAGCUAUUCUUGAAGUGUGAAACAGCCAGGUUCAAAAUUAUUUUGGAGUACUUUUAGUUUGCUUUUGUUUUUAGCCAAAGGGAUUUCAUACUGGUUUAAUUAUGUUCAUCCUUGAGAAUUUUUGAGAAGUUUCCAACAGAUUUUUAGUUCAUUUUGCUGUUGUUACAGUGUAAAGCUAUAUAUAUAGUUGACCCUUGAACAACACAGGUUGGAACUGCAGGGAUCCACUUAUACAUGGAUUUUCUUCUGCCUCUGCCACCCUUGAGAUAGCAAGACCAGGCCCUCCCCUUCCUCGUCCUUCUCAGCCUACUCAGUAUGAAGAUGACAGAGAUGAAACACUUAUGAUGAUCCACUUCUACUUAAUGAGUAGUAAAUAUAUUUGCUUUUCCUUAUGAUUUUCUUACUAUUUUCUUUGGCUUGCUUUAUUAUAAGAAUAUAGCAUAUAAUAUAAAUAAAAUACAAAAUAUG